AUGCUGGUGGUGGAUGGGUUGCCGCAGUCCUGCGCUUUAGUGGAGAUGCCCAUCUUCUUUCCUCUCUUGUUUUUGAUGACGGUGGUCUUUCUUCCAACCUCCCGAUCUCUCGAGUCUCAGAGGACGCAGGGUUGCAUGUCGUUCAUUCCCGUCAAGCAUUUACUCCCCGGACACGACCGAUCCUCAAAGUCGGCUGUCAACUCACGACGAGUCGGAUGCAGAUCGCUGCAGUCUAACGAUGGGCAGGAUGAGGUUGACAGCGCCGCGCAAUGGCAGGGUGGAGACGAGAGGCGAAGAGCGAUGCAAGAGAAGCUGGCGAAGUGGAAGGAGGAGGCCGAGCUUGCUCGCCUCCGUGAUCCCGACAGCGCUGUGACGAGGGCAGCAAAGAUGUUUGAGAACGGCGAGAACGAGUUCCUCUCCAACACUUCCCCUCGGGGGAUGGCUGUGAACAGGAUGGUGAAGCUGAAGGAUACCGAGCGGAGGUAUGAGAUCUCGUCUGAUUUGCGGAAGAAGAGGCUGGAGGAGCUGAGCACGGCCGGCUCAAAGCUGCAGGACAAGAAGAGUGAGACGCAGGAGCAGUUCGAGCAGUUUGCGCAGACCUACGACUCCCCAACAGACAUUGACGAGCUUGAAAGAGAAGCCAUGGAUCGCAGGCCAACCACCAAGAUCACGUCGAAGCUGGAGGUAUGGCGCAAGGCAGCAGAGGAUGCGCGAUCCAAGGAUGUCCGAAGGCUCCUCUUCGAUCUGCUCACUGGGACCUUCUACGGGGUGGCUUACGUGAUUGGAUGGAUCUUGAGGAAGCCAAUCAAUUUGUCGCCAAGAGCAGGGACGCCCAAAGUUGUCGACCCAGGCGAACUUCUUGAAAUGAGGAUGAAUAUGAGAGGCAGCGCCGAUUACUAUCAAACGAUGGCCGAUGAGGAAAGCGUCUUCCUUCAGAACAAACUGAAAUCAAACUGGGGAAAGAAGAGUCAGAAAGGCUCGUCUCUUCAGCUCAAGAACAAGGUCAUCGCUCUCAUCUCCGAGGACGACGGGCAGGCCCUCGAAGAGCUGCUGAGAGACUCGGUCGACUCCCCUCAGGACUAUCAGACUAUGCUGGGCUUUAGUGAUUCGCCCUCCUUCCUCCCCCUGGCCAUCGCGAUCAAGCAGAAUCGGCCUUAUGCAUUGGAGGUUCUCUUGAAGGCAGGGAGCAACAUGAAGGCUGUGGAUGAGGCGGGUCGCUCCAUGCUCGAGCUGGCUCGGGAGGUGGGGAAUGCGGAGAUGGAGAAGCUUGUCAGCGAGUACAUGUAG